GAAACUGAUAGAGCGUUAAGUGGAAGAACAGCAUUGCUGUGAAAAUCUAAUACACAACUUCCUCAUUUUCAUUUCAAGGAGAAAGCAGCAGAGACUGAGAAGAUCAAACACGAGAGGGACGCUCAAGGAGUGGACAUGAUAUCACAGUUUUCCUGGACUAAUAUAUGGUGUAUUGAUUGAGCACUCCAUAGUCCUGGAGUACUAUGAACCCAGCUUGUAUGAUGACACGCCCCUCAUUGGGCAUGUAAACCGCUGGGAGGACUUACACAAAAUAGGCAGAAUGAUGUAAGGGGCGUUCUGCCUAUAGAAGACCAGUGACACUGGACUGAGAAGGAAGCUGGUGACAGUGCUUAGGCACGAAGAGGAUAGAUUCCUUAUCAUCUGCAUGACCACACUGUCGGUUUUGAUAUAACCACAUUACUCUUUUGAAUCUUCACGUGCUAUUUCUUGGUUAAGAUAGGAUCAAGUAACCCUACUACAAUCCAAUAUUAACACGUAAAUGUGGUUGACUCAAGAAGAUGAUUCAUCAUCCCAUCUGGUAAUCUUGAAACUUCAUUCAGUUCAAAAGGAAAAAAAAUGUAUUUCUGGCUCCAGCUGCUUUUUGGAACAUUUUUCGUAUCACUUGUGACUGGACGUGGGUAUAGAAACUGCAUUCAAAAAUUUGAGAGUAAUGACACUUUUAUUUGUGUAAAUCGUCUUAAGGUAACCAUACAGAAAGUGGUGUUUGAUCUACCUCCAGACACACGGAAUCUCACCAUAUCACGUAACAUCAUCAAAAGGCUGCCUUAUGGUAGUUUUGGAAAUUUAACCAAACUACAGUAUCUGAAAUUGGAUCAUAACGACCUGGAGAGCCUCAGUCCUGGAGCUUUCAGUGACUUAAUUAAUUUGAACUACUUGAAUUUGUCCUAUAACCAAAUACCCAGUCUGUCCUUGGGGGUCUUUAUUGGGCUUGAAAACUUAAGGUACCUCUAUGUUCAGAACAACUUAAUUGCCUUCUUACAUCCCGAGGUAUUUGGUCCACUCUUUAAUUUAAAAAGUCUUAACCUGUCAAAAAAUGUUUUGUCCGACUUCUCAGAAGUUGUAAACUCAAUUCAACCAUUGCAUAAUCUAAAGUCUCUUUUGCUGUGCAGUAAUGAUAUCCGUUUCUUAAAUCAUGUUCAUAAACUUCCCAGCUAUUUAUCGACAGUUUUGCUUUGCAAAAACAAUCUACAGGAGUUGAAUUGCCACCAAGACUUCUUUGAAAACGUCUCUUCUCUUGACCUGUCAUACAAUAACAUAACCACAUCCUCCAUACAAAAUGUAAACUUGAGUAGGGUUAAAUAUCUACUUGUAGCUUCUAAUCCUCACUUUGAUGUACUGAAAUAUUUGGACAAUUCCACGAUAAAGCCUGAGAACAUUGAUUAUUCCGGAUUACAAUUAAACACGUCUUCUAAAUUAAGCCAAGUGUGCCAACAUUUAAUGGGCAAAAACAUUUCUACCUUGAACUUGCUUGAAAACGGAAUUAAGCAUUUGUCAGAAAACAUUCUCGAAAACUGCAGUCUGAGUGAUACAGUGGAUUUAUCAAGGAAUAGACUUAAAGAUAUUGUAUGUUUGAAGUUCCUUAAACCCCCUAGACUAAAAUCAUUAAUUGUGGAACAUAAUCUCCUAAAAAAACUCAUAGACUGCGGCAAAGCUGCCCAGUUUCCAAAUCUCAAGUCAAUCUCAUUGCGAUAUAACAGGAUAUGGUCUCUGGAACCCUAUGCAUUUGCCUUCUCUCCUAAUCUAGAAGAACUGAAAUUAAAUAUCAACAACAUCAUUUUUUUGGAUAGGCAUACAUUUUGGGGCUUAUAUAAGCUAAAGUCAUUGCGCUUGGACAAUAAUUUAUUAACUGAUCUAUACACAAGCACAUUUAUAUAUUUAACAGAGCUUACAAGUCUCAAUCUCCGUAAUAAUCGCGUGGCAGUUAUUUUUGAUAACGUGUUCCAUUAUCUACCUAACCUAACUAUCUUGGAUCUUGGUGGUAACAAGAUUACACAGGUUAAACCCGAGGGAUUUAACGGUCUCAAACGUCUUUCCAAAUUGUAUCUUGACAGAAACCAGAUUAUAACAAUUACUGGAGAAAUGUUUAGUGGUGUGGAGACAACAUUACAGGUUCUCGAUCUGAUGGCCAAUCAGCUGCAUUUUGAUUCGUCAAGAGAGGAAAAAUCUCCCUUUUUAAACCUUAGUAAAGUUUAUGAUCUGAAACUUCAGGCCCAGCAACCAUUUGGUCUAACUGUCAUCCCUAGAAAAUUCUUCAGCGGGUUGACCUCCCUCCAAGCUCUUUAUUUGUCACAAAAUCGUCUUGCAUAUCUAAGUUCUGAUACAUUUCAGGGACUCGGCAAUUUAAAGUUCCUCAGUUUGGGGGAAGACUGCAAUGGCAUCCAAAAUCUCUCUCCAGGAAUUUUUAGCAACCUAAGCAGCUUAGAAGUCUUAGACCUUGAAAACAUGUGCCUUCAAACGUUGGACAAAGAUAUCUUUUUAAACCUUACCAGUCUUAAAAGACUUCAGCUGACAAAAAAUGCUUUAAGGGCAAUAAAUGUUAGCCUAUUAGAAAACAUGACCAACUUGCAGUAUCUUGAUUUAUGGAAGUGUCCAUUGACAUGCACAUGUGAUAAUGAAGAGCUACGGAACUGGCUGAUAAAGUCUUCAGCGCAGGUUGUGUAUGUCUAUAAUCUGACAUGUCCCAAUGACCCAUAUUCUUAUUUUCAUAAUUUUGACAUCAGCGUCUGUGAUAGAAUUCUCAAAGAAAUAUUGUUUGGCUGUAGCACCGUGUUGGUGUUACUCCUCAUGCUCAUACCGAUUCUCUACAGCAAGUAUUAUUGGCGCAUCCGAUACAACUACUUCCUUUUCCUUUCUUGGCUGCACGAACGAUGGAGCUCAGACAAGGAUCUCUAUAAGUAUGAUGCUUUUGUUUCCUACAAUACCAUGGAUGAAGAAUGGGUGUAUCAAAACAUGUUGCCUGUGCUAGAGAAUAGUAGUUCAUCCAAUGGACUUCGUCUUUGUCUUCACCAUCGAGACUUUCAGUUGGGCAGGUAUAUCAUUGACAACAUCGUGGACAGUAUUCACAGUAGUCGAAAAACUCUCUGCGUCGUAAGCAGAAGCUACCUUAAAAGUGAAUGGUGCUCUUUGGAGAUGCAGCUGGCUAGUUAUAAACUGUUUGAUGAAAUGCGGGAUGUCCUUGUCCUGAUAUUUUUGGAGAACAUUCCAGAGAGGGAGCUUUCUACCUACCAUCGUAUGAGAAAGGUGAUGUUGAAAAAGACAUACAUCCAAUGGUCUGAAGAGCCCGAGGCACAAAAACUUUUUUGGGCUCAACUUAUAAAAGCACUAAAGGGCUCCACCACAGAGGAUGUUGAACAUUCCUUGUUAAGUACUGAUGAUCAAAUAUCCCUUAUAUCAAGCUGACAUAUUGAUGGGGGAAGCCUUAGGUAACUUACAAAAGUUUUCCUCUGUAUUUUAUCCUUUCAGAACACUAGUGAAGAUUGCCCAUGCAUAAAUAUCUACAAUCAAGAUAAUUACAGUCUAUUAAGAAUGCAGGUGUGAAAAUUCAUUAAGAAUUCUACAUUUACCAUAAAGAGCAAUUUCUUCUAUGCUGGAAUCUUCAAACUUUAUUAGGGAGUCCCAGAAUGUUCAAACAUCUCUAAAUUGAACAUGAAAUGCUUCUAAUAAUUUGAAAUAGUUCUCUUGAUUGCAAUUUAUAUUUAAUGAUCAUGUAAAUAUAUAUUCAUUAAGAUGGAUGAAUGGCAAUAAAAUAGUUUUUCUUAGACAUGCUGUACAAUUUUGCUAAUAAAAAUAACAAUUCAAAAACUUA